AUGACUUCUAGUCUCUAACAGUUUGCGAGAAAGUAAGAGGGGGGAAAGUCAGUGCGCGCGCGUACGUAUGUGUGUGUGUGUGUGUCAGUUGAUAACAAUAGUAUACAUACGCGUUUGCACGCGUGUGCGUUAGUGUGUUCGAGUUGUCUCAUUUCCACCCUCAUCGCAUAACAACAUGUCAGCCGUCGAUCUGAGUAGACUGAGGCCAAGUGAAUCUUCACUUCAAACCGAUCAAAAUGGCAAUGGUAACACUACCAACGAUAUGGAGGAUAUAUACGAUGAAGAUGUGUCUGAAUUAGAGGUGGGUAAGAAAGAUUGGUCACAGAUGAACUGGAAACUAUCUCAGGCAGGAUUCCGAGAUGGUGUUGAUGGUGGUGAAGAACAAGUUCUUCAAAGUAGUUUUGAAACUGGAUAUGCCAUGGCAGCCAAGGAAGCUUGUGAACUUGGCCGUAUUCAGGGCCAAAUUAGUGCUUUACUGCUUUUCAACCGACACAUUAAACAUGGACAGCUGUUUAAUGAAGAAAUGUCCAACCAUUUCAAGCAACUUCUUGCCGAAAUCAACUCCUACAAGCUGACUAACAGUCCACCGGGCAUUUCUUUAACAUGCGGAGCCAAAGAGCGAAUUAAUGAGGCUGUAUUUGGGCCUGAAAAGAACUCUGACCAGUCGCAUUCAUUACAAUACCACCCACACAACCCUGGCCCCAUCACUGACCGCAACUAUGCUUACCAGCCAAACCAGAAUCAAUCUUACGUCGACACAAACUCAAUGUAUGAUUUAGAUGCUGGCGUUACCGUGGCAAGGUCCAUGCCACUUUCUACAGCACAGAACAUUACUACUUUCAAGGACCGAUUCCAACGUCUGCUGCAGAUGUGCGAUGGUUCACUGGUCGCCAAGUUUAUUUCCUGAGUAACAGCCUGUAGAGGCAAUGAUCUUCUUCCCCCCGUGCAUCACUGCAGCCACCACUACUAACACAACCAACCAUCACCAUUACUUUUUCCACCACUAACACCACCAUCACCUCCACCACCACCACCACUACCACACCACCACCCACUAUGACCUUUUCCCUCCUUACUUCUUACACUCAAUUCUGCUCCAAUUGUUGUGGGUCUCCAUACAUAUUACACACUUUGUGUAUGAUGAGUUUUCUAUUGCAUACAGAAACAAUAUUACAUCUGUUUUGUUUCCAAUAGAUUCAUGGUUCACAGCAUUUUCCGAAUGAAUGACCCUAAUUUCUUUCCAAUGGACUUCCUUAUACCAACUCGCUACAUCUCUUGAGAAUAACGAAUAAUGGCCAGAUUCGAAAGUAAAUUAACUGGACAUUUCUGGUUUACACAAAUCAGUGCAUUUCUACCUGUCUGAAUGAUGCCGUUUACAGAGUGUGACGGAAGAGAUACCUGUACAUUAGAAAUUAAUAAGGAACAUUCAUAUAAUCUUCACUUCUCACAUUGUCCUGAAUUCACUGAGGUGCCCAGUGGGUGGGUAUUUAACUUGCUAGAAAUAACAACUAUCUUCCUCAAGUCAUAUUCUGCUGUUUUACAAAAACAUAGAGGACACACUAGAUAAUGCAGUCCUGAAUAAAAGACAACACGGUCACAGCCAGAAUAUUUUUGAUCAUAGGGCUGUUAGCUCUGGGAUGACCUAGGGUUAAACAAUAACAACAUGAUCCAGGAACUUCUUCAGUUUGAGUCUGCUGCUGCUGCUGCUACUGCUGCUGCUACUGCUGCUGUUGCUGUUACUUUGUUGUUUUUUUUAGAAUCUACAAAACGAAAACUUUUAAAACAAAAGCUUAAAAUUCUCAC